AUGCAGGUCUAUACGGAGCUUGUGGCGCCCUCGGCCGUCACUCAUUCUUUGAGCCUGCCCUUGACCUCGGCCUCUGCCAAUAACCUCGUCGUCGCAAAGGGCUCCCUUCUACAGAUUUUCGAGACGCGCACCCUCGCCGCCGAACUCGACCCGCAGUAUCAGCCCGCGCCGCCGACGACCAGGAAUGAAUCCGACUUUGACAUGCGCGGCGGGGGUGGGGGCGGUCUCGACAGCGGCUUCGAACUCGUCGGUGGCGAAACCCUGCUGCUACGCGACCGCGCCCAAAACACCAAGCUCGUCCUCGUCGCCGAGAUACCCGUCGCCGGCACCGUCAUCGGCCUCGCGCGCCUCAAGCUACAAAACACCGAGUCGGGCGGCGAGGCCCUCCUGCUAGCCUACCGCGGCGCCAAGAUGUGCCUGACCGAGUGGAAUCCGCAAAAGGCGGCCCUCGACACCGUCUCGAUACACUACUACGAAAAGGACGAGCUGCAGGGCGCGCCAUGGGAGCUCCCCUUUGGCGAAUACGUCAACUAUCUCGAGGCCGACCCUGCUAGUCGGUGCGCGGCCUUUAAGUUUGGCAGUCGCAACCUGGCCAUUCUGCCGUUUCGCCAGGCAGAAGAGGACCUCGAGAUGGAAGACUGGGACGAGGCACUUGACGGGCCCAAACCUGCCAAGGAAGCGGCGCUCGCGACCAAUGGAGAUGACCAUGAAACCGAGUCGCAGCAUUCGCCUUCUUUUGUGCUGCGACUCCCUCUGCUCGACCCGACCCUGCUACACCCAGUCCACCUCGCAUUUCUCCAUCAAUAUCGGGAGCCUACGUUUGGUAUCCUGUCUUCUGCGCAGUCGACCUCAAUUGCUCUAGGAUUCAGGGACCACAUGACCUAUAAAGUCUUUACUCUAGAUUUGAAACAGCGUGCUUCAACCACCAUCUUAUCAGUCACAGGUCUGCCCCAGGACCUUAAACGCGUCAUUCCGCUGCCUACCCCUGUUGGCGGCGCCCUUCUUGUCGGCGAAAACGAACUCAUCCACAUCGACCAAUCUGGUAAAGCCAAUGGUGUUGCGGUUAACCCCAUGGCACGACAAAUGACAUCCUUCAGUCUUGCCGAUCAAUCCGAGCUCAACUAUCGUUUAGAAGGCUGUGCAAUCGAGCCCAUCUCUAUGGAGUCUGGAGAGCUCUUGCUGAUUCUCAACGAUGCAUCUUUGGCAAUCAUUUCGUUCAAGAUUGACGGACGUACCGUGUCUGGAAUUAGUCUCGCCGCAGUCUCACAAGAAAAUGGUGGAAACCUUCUCAAGAGUCGAGUAUCUUGCAUUUCUCGCAUUGGCAAGGCCUCCAUGUUCAUCGGAAGCGAAUCCGGCGACUCUGUUGUUCUCGGGUGGUCAAGAAAGCAAAGCCAGGAGAAGCGCAAAAAGUCGAGAGCCCUGGAUACUGACCUCGCCCUUGAUGUCGAGGACAUUGAUCUCGAUGAUGACUUUGACGAAGAUGACGAUUUGUACGGCACAGAAUCUGCUGCCGCGAAACCAUCGCAAGCUGGGGCCGGAGCUACGAAAGGCGGCGAGCCCGUCUUUCGCUUACAAGAUGCGUUGCUGUGCCUGGCACCGAUCCAUGACGUCGCCCCGGGCAAAGCAGUAUUUCCAUCCGACAGUGAAGAGGCGUUUUUGCGGGACGGCGUUACAUCGGAAUUGCAGCUUGCUUGUGCCGUCGGUCGAGGAAAGGCUGGUGCUAUUGCCAUUUUGAACCGCGAGAUCCAACCCAAGGUCAUUGGAAGAUUCGAAUUUCCGGAAGCGCGAGGCUUCUGGGCCAUGUGUGUCAAGAAACCGGUGCCGAAAGCGCUGGGCUCUAGUGCCGUCAUCAGCAGCGAAUACGAUAGCACUGAGCAGUACGAUCGAUUCAUGAUUGUCGCCAAGGUCGACCUCGAUGGCUACGAAACAUCGGAUGUGUACGCUUUGACAGAUGCUGGCUUUGAGAGCUUGAAAGAUACCGAAUUUGAGCCAGCGGCAGGCUUCACCGUCAUGGCGGGCACCAUGGGAAAGCAAAUGAGAAUCGUACAGGUGUUGAAGUCAGAGGUCCGAUGUUAUGAUGGAGAUUUAGGCCUGAGUCAAAUCCUACCUAUGCUGGACGAGGAUACAGGGGCUGAGCCAAGAGUCGUCAGUGCAAGUAUUGCCGACCCAUAUUUGAUGAUUAUCAGAGACGACAAUAGUGUCUUUAUUGCCAAGAUUGGCAGCAAUGAUGAGCUUGAAGAGGUUGAAAAGGACAAGGGUCCCCUUGUCUCGACGAAAUGGCAAACAGGUUGCCUAUAUACUGAUUAUGACGGGACUUUCCAAGCAAAAAAGCCCGAUGACAAUGCUAGCCCGAGGACUAUGAUGUUCUUGAUGAGCACAGCUGGCGCUUUGCACAUGUACGACUUGGAUAAUCUUUCAGAGCCAGUCUACGUUGCGGAAGGCCUUACCUCGACGCCGCCUUUCCUAUCUGCCAACUUUACCGGCCGCAAAGCUGCUGCAAAAGAGAGGCUGACCGAGAUCCUCGUUGCUGACCUCGGCGACGUUGUCAGCAAAAGCCCAUUUCUCAUUCUCCGUCACGACACUGAUGACCUGACCCUCUACGAGCCUGUUCGAUAUCAAGAACCAAACAGCAGCUCGCCGCCACUCACAGACACACUAUUCUUCAAAAAGUCGGCCAACGCUACUAUAGCGAAAAGCGCGUCGGCAUUCGACAAGGAAGAAGACGAAACACAGCAAAGGCGCUUCGUCCCGCUUCAGCCUUGCGGCAACGUGGGCGGCUAUAGCACGGUGUUUCUAUCCGGUGACUCGCCCAGCUUUGUUCUGAAAUCAGCAAAGAGCAUACCUCGUAUCGUCGGCCUCCAAGGCCAGGGUGUGCAAGGCAUGAGCACUUUCCACACAGCAGGCUGCGAUCGUGGUUUCAUUUACGCUGAUACCAAAGGCAUUGCCAGGGUCUGUCAAUUGCCCACGGAUACAAACUAUGCCGAGCUAGGCAUUUCCGUCAAGAAGAUUCCGCUCGAUUGCGACGUGAACAGAGUCUCAUUCCACUCACAUACAGCCACAUAUAUCGCUGCGUGCUCAACGCGGGAGCCGUUUGAGCUGCCAAAGGACGACGACUACCAUAAAGAAUGGGCCAGAGAGGUUGUCUCCUUUGCGCCAACUAUGCCGCGGGGUAUGCUGAAGCUCAUCAGCCCUGCAGCCUGGACAGUCAUUCACAGCCUAGAUCUCGAGUCAUGCGAGACUAUUGAGAGCAUGAUGGCACUUCAUCUUGAAAUCUCCGAGGAAACCAAAGAGCGACGCAUGCUUGUCGCUGUUGGCAGCGCGAUUUGCAAGGGAGAAGAUUUGCCCACACGUGGCCGUGUUCAAGUAUUCGACAUUGUCACAGUCAUUCCCGAACCGGGGCGGCCCGAGACGAACAAGAGGCUGAAGCUUCAGGCCAAAGAAGAGCUGCCGCGCGGUGGCGUCACCUCCCUGUCCGAGAUUGGCACCUCGGGUCUGCUGCUGAUUGCGCAGGGUCAAAAGUGCAUGGUACGUGGCCUGCGCGAGGACGGCGGACUGCUGCCCGUGGCCUUUUUGGAUAUGAAUUGCCAUAUUCUGGGUGUUCGCGAGCUGCGCGGGACUGGCUUGUGUCUCAUGGCCGAUGCCUUCAAGGGCAUGUGGUUCGCAGGCUACACGGAAGAGCCGUACACCUUUAAAGUGCUCGGAAAGAGCGGCGGCCAAAUUCCCAUGCUGGUAGCAGACUUUUUACCGGAUGGCGAGGACCUGUCCAUGAUUGGUGUGGAUGCAGAUGGUGAUUUGCACGUUUUUGAAUUUGACCCUGAUCAUCCCAAGUCCCUGCAAGGCCAUCUUUUGAUACAUCGCACGACAUUUUCACUGUCGCCCAAUGAGCCGACGACGACUGUACUCCUCGAACGGACCAUUCCCGCCUCGCAGCCCCAGCCCAAGGGCACCACCGGCGCAGAGACGCCGCACACGCUCCUGCUGAGCUGCCCGACCGGCCAGCUGGCGGCGCUGACGCCGCUCAGCGAGUCGGCCUACCGCCGGCUGCUGUCGCUGACCAAUCAGGUGUUGCCGGCGGUGGUGCCGCACGGCGGCUUGCACCCCAAGGCGCACCGCCUACCCGAGGGCCGCGGCGCGCAGAGCCACUCCCGGGCCGUGGGCGUGGAGACGGCGGCGUCGGGCCGCAUGAUUGUCGACGGCGCGGUGCUGGCGCGCUGGACGGAGCUGGGCGCGGCCAAGAGGGCGGAGAUGGCGCUCAAGAGCGGCUACGACGACGUGCACGAGAUGAGGGGCGAGCUGGAAGGCGUGCUGGGGUGGUCUGGCAUGGCGUACUUUUGA